AUGGAAUUAUCAAUAGAAACUAUAUGCAAUUUUUCAAAAAACUCUAAUUAUGUUAAACUUGAUGAUGUUAUUAAUGCUUUUAGACAAUUAAGAAAUUUAUGUGCCAAAGGUGUAGAGUACCAGAAUGCCAUAUCAAAAAACUCACAAAUUAUUGAAAAUACUAAAAAUUUACUUUUGGAAAUUAGUUUGAGCAAAACCAUCGAAGAAAAAUUAAAUUUAUGUCUUAUAGUCGGUUUACAGUUUUUAGGCAACUUACUGGUAAAUAAUAAAAGUAAUCAAUUAAAAAUUUGGUCUUCUUGUCAAGAUUUACUAACAAGUUGUUUAAUCCUUGACAAUGUUAAAAUUCAGCACUGCUCUCUAAUGAUUAUGUACAAUAUUUUUUUGGGUAAUCCAAGCUGUAUAUGUAAUCUCUCACACCCCUAUGUUACAAUUUUUGAUUUGGCAGUUAGAGAAAACUCUUCUGAAUAUUCAGUAUUUAUUUUGGACCUUUUUAUCACAAACAUAAAAUAUCUAGAAAGAUUUUAUAACCAAUUAAAAACUGAAUACAAAUGUUUAAUUUUAGAAGAAAUCCAAAGGCUAGUAAAAGAAAAAUUAUUAUCAACUGAAAACUUAAAUUCUAACUGGAUUUUAAAUGUAGCUGAAAAAAAAGAAGAUACCAAUUAUUUAAUAAGAGAAAUAUUAAAGUUAUUUGAAUUGCUGAUUUGCUUUUCUUCUGAUGAUGAAAAAUGUUUAAAAGUUCUUCAAAAAGAAACUUCUUUUUUUAUUAACUGUGUAACACUAUUAAAAGCUGUACAUGCUUUAAAAAAAGAAAAUGAAAAUAAUUUUAAAAUGAAAUGCAAAUUAUCAGAUCUUGACAAUUUGGAUGAAAAAUGUUCAGAUAAUCCUGUAUUUGGAUUUAAGGCUGAUUUGAUUAGAAUAAUUGGUAAUAUGUGUUGGAAAAAUUCAAAAUUACAAGACAUUAUUAACGAAUUAGAAGGUAUACAAAUAAUUUUAGACUGUUGUAUUAUUGAUAGUAAUAAUCCUUUUAUAACUCAGUGGAGUAUACUAGCAAUUCACAAUAUUUGUGAGAAUAACUUGAAAAAUCAAAAAGUUAUAGGUCUUAUGUCAAAACAAGGUAUAAUUGAUAUUAAUCAAUUAAAGGAAUCUGGUCUGAUAUUAGAUUCCAAUGCAGGUGGUGAUUCCAUAUGUUUAGCUCCGCUUAAAAUAAAUGAUUGA